AUGAUUAGAAGAGUGAUCAGUUUAAUACCCAGAAUGUCCACUCAGUCAGUAAUUCCUGAAACUGGAAAUGUAGCAGCAUCUGUUACUACUAGUGUUCCUACUGAUACAGUCAUACCGCCUCCAUCUGAGAAUAGAAUCUCACCUUCAACUACAGUUUCAGCAGAAUUCAAUACUGUUACAGAAGGUAAAGCUACAAUUUUAACACCUAAAGCUGAUGAAGUGUUUUAUAAUCCAAUUCAACAAUUUAAUAGAGAUUUAUCCAUUAUGGCAAUUAAAGCAUAUGAUCAAUUAAGACAUGAAAGUUUUGAAUCAUCCAAUAAGAAUAAAAAUAAAAAAAAGAAAUUAAAUGGAUUGAAAAUUUUGGAAAGUUUAAGUGCAUCUGGUUUAAGAUCAUGUAGAUAUGGUUUAGAAAUUCCAGAAGCUAGUAAAAUAGUAGCUAAUGAUUUAUUACCUGAAGCAGUUGAACAAAUCAAUAAAAAUAUUGAAUAUAAUAAAUUAACUGAUAAAGUAGUUGCUAAUCAAGGUGAUGCUAUUAAAUAUAUGGGAUCAACUAAUGAAAAAUUUCAUGUUGUUGAUUUAGAUCCAUAUGGAACUGCAGCUCCAUUUAUUGAUAGUGCAAUUCAAUGUUUGGAAGAAGAUGGGAUGUUGAUGGUUACUUGUACUGAUGCUGCCGUGUUGGCAGGUAGUGGGUAUCCUGAAAAAUGUUUUGCAUUAUAUGGUGGUAAUAAUUUCGGAAAUACACAAAUCAAUAAUGAAUCUAAUCAUGAAGCUGGGGUAAGAUUAAUUUUAAAUUUGAUUGCAAGUACUGCUGCUAAAUAUAGAAAAGCUAUUGAACCAGUUUUGUGUUUAUCUAUUGAUUAUUAUUUUAGAUUAUUUGUUAAAGUUAAAACUAGUCCAAUUGCAGUCAAGAAUCAUGCUAGUGAAACAAUGCUUGUUUAUGGAUGUAAUGGAUGUGGUGAUAAGCUUUAUCAACCAUUGGGUUAUAAGAAAGAUGGUAAAUUCACCUACCCUAAAAUGACAGGAUCAGAUAGUUGUAAAUAUUGUUCUUCUUCAUACAAUGUUGCUGGACCAAUGUAUGCUGGUACACUUCACCAGGCUGAAUUUAUUGAUAAAAUAUUGGAAAUUAAUUCAAAGGCAAAUAAGGAUGUUUAUGGUACAACUGAAAGAAUUAGAGGUAUGUUAUCGAUUGCUAAGAAUGAACUUGAUUAUCCAUUUUAUUUCAAUAUUAAUCAAUUAUGUUCAAUGUUCAAAUGUCCACCACUUUCACUUCAAAAAUUUGUCAAUGCCAUUGGUAACCUCGAACAUAAAUGUUCUCUCACGCAUUAUAAACCAAAUACAGUUAAGACAGAUUUACCAUGGAUUAAAGUACUUGCUGUUUUCAAGCAAUGGAGAGAACAAGAAAUGAGUAAUAAUGGUAAAGAAUUGACCACUAUUGGUGCUCCAAUUUUGAAAUAUUUGGAAGAACAUAAAGAUGAACAAGUAACAGCUGAUUUUGACACUGAAAAUGAAAUGUCAAAAAAAAUCCAAGAAUUGCGUAAAGUUAAAAUGGUUAGAUUUCAACAAAAUCCAAGAAAGAACUGGGGUCCUCAAAAAAGAGGUAAAUAA